CCGGUCGAGGCCGAGAGCGCCGGGAGCCGGUCGCGCAGGGUAGCCCGCGGCGGGGUCCAUGCGCUGUGCCCGGCCGGGGCAUUGCCUUGCAGCGUUGCAAGGGGACGAAAGCCCUGGAGGGAGCGCGGAGACUCUGGCGGCGGCGGCGGCAGCAGCGGCGGCGGCGAGGCCCGUGCGGGGAGGGUUAAAUGGAUCGCCACUCCAGCUUCAUCUUCGUGUGGCUGCAACUGGAGCUGUGCGCCAUGGCCAUCCUGCUAACGAAAGGUGAAAUUAGAUGCUACUGUGAUGCUGCACACUGUGUUGCAACAGGCUAUAUGUGCAAAUCUGAGCUCAACGCUUGCUUCUCUAGACUGCUUGACCCGCAGAACAGCCAUUCCCCACUUACUCAUGGCUGCUUGGACUCUGUUGCAAGCACACCGGACAUCUGUCAAGCUAAACAGGCCCAAAACCACUCUGGCACUGCCAUUCCUACGUUGGAGUGUUGUCACGAAGAUAUGUGCAACUACAGAGGACUGUACGAUGUUCUCUCUCCUUCCAGAGGGGAGCCUUCGGGACAAGGGAGCAGAUACCAGCACGAGAGCAGCAGAAACCUCAUCACCAAGGUUCAGGAGCUGACCUCCUCCAAAGAACUGUGGUUCCGGGCAGCUGUCAUUGCUGUCCCCAUCGCUGGCGGCCUGAUCCUGGUGCUGCUCAUCAUGCUAGCUCUGCGCAUGCUCAGGAGCGAGAACAAAAGACUGCAAGACCAGCGGCAGCAGAUGCUCUCUCGGUUGCACUACAGCUUUCACGGGCAUCAUUCCAAGAAGGGACAGGUUGCCAAGCUAGACUUGGAGUGCAUGGUGCCAGUCACGGGGCACGAGAACUGCUGCAUGACCUGCGACAAGAUGAGGCAGCCGGACCUGGGCAAUGACAAAAUACUCUCGCUAGUCCACUGGGGAAUGUAUGGCGGGCAUGGAAAGCUGGAAUUUGUGUGAUCACGUCGUCUUUUCGCCUUUUAUAUAUAUAUAUAUAUAAAUAUAUUUUAAAAUUUUGUUCUUUAAAAUUGCUAGGAAAACUUUUCCAAGGCCUUUGGGUUCUGCUGGACAGGAGCACUUUAUACAGGGAAAGCCUACAGUCAUUAAUCGUGUGGUGUUUUUUUUAUAAAAAAAGAAAACAAAGGACCUCUGCAGAUUGAACCUUGGAUAUAUGUCUUCUGAAGGAUCCCAAAAGUUACCUUAUUUGCACAGAGUAAAUACAUUCAAAUGUAUUGUUUGCUUUAAAGUUAUGAAAGCAAAAAACAAAAAAACUGAGAAGUUGUACACACUGUUACCAGGGUUGUCUGAGCUGUAGGGAGGUGGAAAUUUUGAGUUAUACUAUUAAAUUGUAUGCAAGUUCUGAUGUAAAGAUUUUUAAAAUAUAUAUAAUUAUAUUAUAUAUAUAUAUA